AUGGGGAAGAAGCAGCACAGCAAGGAUCGGAUGUUCAUCACGAAGACGGAGUGGGCGACGGAGUGGGGCGGCGCCAAGUCGAAGGAGACAUCCACCCCCUUCAAACGCUUGCCCUUCUACUGUUGCUCGCUCACCUUUACUCCGUUUGUGGAUCCCGCGUGCACGGGGGAUGGGAGCGUGUUCGAUGUGAUGAAUAUUAUUCCUUAUAUUAAGAAAUUCGGGAAGAAUCCAGUAACCGGAGCUCCUCUUAAGGAGGAAGAUCUCAUUCCUCUCACAUUUCAUAAGAAUGCUGAUGGGGAGUACCAUUGUCCUGUUUUGAACAAAGUUUUUACAGAGUUUACGCACAUAGUUGCUGUGAAAACUACGGGAAAUGUGUUCUGUUAUGAGGCGAUUAAAGAACUAAACCUGAAAACCAAAAAUUGGAAAGAGCUGCUGACAGAUGAGCCUUUCACGAAAGAUGACUUGAUAACUAUUCAGAAUCCAAAUGCUCUUGAUAGCAAAGUUCUUGUGGAGUUUGAUCAUGUUAAAAAUAGUCUAAAACUUGAUGAUGAAGAUCUAAAGAAAAUGCAAGAAGAUCCUUCCUAUAAUAUCAAUUUAACUGGUGAUAUCAAGCAAAUGCUGAAGGAGCUUGGAACUGAGAAGGGUAAGCUAGCUGCACUGCAUGGUGGAGGUGGGAGCAAAGCACAGAAUGAAAGGGCAGCUGCCCUUACUGCUAUUUUGGCGGCAAGAUCACGUGUGAAGGAGGAUUCUAAAUCUAAUGAAGAUGGAGAGUCCAAACCUGCUCAGAAAGCUUUCAGUAUUGUAGAUGCUGCUUCUGCUUCUGUCCAUGGAAGGAGCGCAGCUGCUGCAAAAGCAGCUUCUGGUGAUAAGACUGCUGCUCGGAUUGCUAUGCACAUGGCCGGAGAAAGAACCCCUGUGAAUGCGAAACUCGUAAAAAGCCAAUACACCACUGGCGCAGCUUCACGCUCUUUUACUUCUACCGCUUAUGAUCCUGUGACGAAAAAUGACUUUGAGUACAUCAAGGUUGAAAAGAAUCCAAAAAAGAAAGGAUAUGUUCAGUUGCAUACAACCCAUGGGGACUUGAAUAUAGAGCUUCACUGUGAUAUCACUCCAAGGGCGUGUGAAAACUUCAUCACACAUUGUGAAAAUGGUUACUAUAAUGGUGUAAUAUUCCAUCGCAGUAUUAGGAAUUUCAUGAUUCAAGGUGGUGAUCCAACUGGUACUGGAAAAGGUGGCCAGUCCAUUUGGGGUAAGCCUUUUAAGGAUGAGCCAAAUUCAAAAUUGGUCCACUCAGGAAGAGGUGUUGUUAGCAUGGCAAACAGCGGGCCCCAUACCAAUGGUUCCCAGUUCUUCAUUCUAUACAAGUCGGCAAAUCAUCUGAAUUUUAAACAUACGGUAUUUGGCAUGGUUGUGGGUGGUUUAACCACCCUUUCAGCGAUGGAGAAGGUUCCUGUUGAUGAUGAUGAUCGGCCAUUGGAGGAGAUAAAGAUUAUAAAUGCCACCGUCUUUGUGAAUCCUUAUGCGGAACCAGAUGAAGAGGAAGAGAAGGCAGCUGAGGAGAAGAAAGCUGUUGAUGAUAACAAUGACAAGAUAGGUUCAUGGUAUAGCAACCCAGGAACAGGUGUCGCUGGUUCCGCUAGUGUAGGCCGUGGAGUGGGCAAAUAUCUCAAGGCCCGGACAGCUGGAAAUGAUGGCGUGGCCGGAAAUGGCAAAGCAUCAGAUUAUGACUCGACCAAGAAGAGGAAAGCGGAUGUUUCAGGUGUUGAGUAUAAAAACUUCUCUGGAUGGUAA